UUAGCAGUUUAUAUUUACUAAAAUAAUUGCACUUCCAUGUUGUGUGUAUUGUGGGAGACCAGAUAUAGUGAAUGCAGGGUCCGGGGAGACCGGAUAUAGUGAAUGCAGGGUCCUGGGAGACCGGAUAUAGUGAAUGCAGGGUCCUGGGAGACCGGAUAUAGUGAAUGCAGGGUCCGGGGAGAGCGGAUAUAGUGAAUGCAGGGUCCAGGGAGACCGGAUAUAGUGAAUGCAGGGGUCCGGGGAGACCAGAUAUAGUGAAGGCAGGGUCCGGGGAGACCGGAUAUAGUGAGUGCAGAGUCAGGGUGGGGAGAGCGGAUAUAGUGAAGGCAGGGUCCGGGGAGACCGGAUAUAGUGAGUGCAGAGUCUGGGGAGACCAGAUAUAGUGAAUGCAGGGUCCUGGGAGGGUCCGGGGAGAGCAGAUAUAGUGAAU